UGCAAGCAAAUCUUUUGUUUUGUUUUCUCGCCAUGCCCAAAAAGGUGCAGAAACAAGAGGCAGACAAGAAAACGCCGAGCCAGGUUACUCCCGCCGAAGAACGAGAGCCUGGAGACAAAGCGAAGGAUUUGUAUCGCCUUCAAAUACGUUUAUUGAACGACGAGCUCGACAGACAGAAGCUGAAAUGCGAGCGCCUGGAGCAGGAGAAGACGUCACUGGUGCGUCGUUGCGUCCACGCGGAGACGGAAAAGAAGGAGGCGGUGGAGUAUCUGAAGACGGAGCUGCUGGACAAGGAGGACCAGGUGGAGCAGCUGGCGGUGCGGCUGGACCAAAGUCUGCAGGAAGCCCAAGCCGAGCGAAAUGGCCUGAGGGGACGACAGGCCGAAGAGCUCCGGGAGCUGCGGGAUCGCAUCCAACGGCUGGAGGAGGACAACGCCGGCUUAGUGGCCCGGCUUGAAGCGGUGAAGACCUUUGAGGCGGAGAAGGAGCAGCUGAAGUUUGAUGUGGCGGCUGCGCAAAAGAAGCUGGCUGAUCGGGAGGGGGAGCACGCAGCCGCUAUGUACACAGUAAAAAUGGAAGCAAUGAUGGAUAAAACCAGACUGGAAAAGGAGCUGGAGACGGUGGCUGAAGCAGCAGUGGCCGAGGUGGAGCGCCUGGUGGAGCAAAAGCUGCCCGAGGCCAGCAAGCAAGCAGUGUUGGAGAAACAGGAGGCUUGGGCGCGCUACGCCCGACUGUCCGACAAGGCCCAGCAGUUGGCCCGCGAGAAUCUCGCUCUGCGACAGCAGCGGGGCCGCAAUGCGGCCGACGUGGCUAUCCUGGAGGAAACAGUCAACAAAAUGGCGCGACAGAGCUGCUUCCGCAAGAAGGUGGCAGAGAAGCAGAAAGCUGACCUGGCUGAACGCAGUCGGGACGUGCAACAACUUCGUACUCAACUCGACCAAUCCCACGCCGAAUUAGAGGCACUCAGAAAAAAACACACCACCACAUGUGAUCAUCUGAAGGCAGCGCUACAGGAGGAGAGGAAGAGGAUUGGCCGGAUGAGAGACGCGGUCGCCGCCAUGGGACCAAGGCUAACUCCACAUACGGAGAAGCUGCUGAAACUACUGGAAGGCCCCCAUGACCCCCUCCUCAGUGACCCCACACUGGCUGUAGACAACCCAGCCCAGCGCAGGGCAGAAAGCGGCUACGGCCAACUGGGUCUUCUGACCCGACACGCUCCAAAGGCCAAACGUGCGCCCUCACACAGGUGAGUGACUGCGUGCCGCAAAAAAAAAAAAACCCCAACUGCCAUCCUGUGACAUUUUCACGCAAUCACUGCUAAAAGAGAAAUGAAUGAAAUCCAGUUCUGUU